AUAUGUAAACAUUGCAGAAGUCCGAGUUACCCCAACCAGGACAGAAAUCAUCAUCCUUGCCACCAGAACUCAGAAUGUUCUGGGAGAAAAGGGACACCGUAUCCGUGAACUGACAGCUGUUGUGCAGAAGUGGUUUGACUUUCUCGAAGGAAGUGGUGAGCUCUAUGCAGAGAAGGUGGUCACAAGGGGACUGUGUGUGAUUGCCCAAGCUGAGUCCUUGCAUUACAAGCUUUUUUUGGGGGGGGGGCUCACAGUACGUAGGGGCUGUUAUGGUGUCCUUCGCUUCAUCAUGGAGGGCGGAGCCAAGGGCUGUGAAGUUGUAGUUUCUGGCAUGCUCCGAGGCCAGCAAGCCAAGUCCACGAAGUUUGUAGAUGGUCUAAUGAUCCACAGCGGAGACCCCAUCAACUACUAUGUUGACACUGCUGUGUGCCGCGUUCUCCUUAGGCAGGGUGUGCUGGGCAUUAAAGUCAAGAUCAUAUUGCCCUGGGACCCGAGUGGGAAGAUCGGCCCCAAGAAGCCCUUGCUGGACCAUGUCAGCAUUGUGGAGCCAAAGGAGGAGAUCCUGCCCACCACCCCCAUCUCGGAGCAGAAGCCAGAGCAGCCCCCCAUGCCGCAGCCGGUCCCCACUGCCUAGAAGGGUUUUCCAGUGUCUGAA